UUUUUUUUGUUGUUGUUGUUGUUUCUCUUUUUCUCUCUAUUUUCUUCAAAUCGUUAUAUUUUGUCUUUUCUAGUGUUUUAUUUUAUAUAUUACUUUCAUUUUUUUCAUAGCAAACAUAUACAACCAUGGCUGAUCAACCAACUGAAGUUACUUCACAACCCAAGACUGAACGAAAAGAAGUUAAACAACCUACUGUAUCUCAAUCAGCUCGAUCAGGUCUUCAAUUUCCUGUAGGUCGUAUUCAUCGGUAUAUGAAGGAUAAAAGUCGUAGCAAUGCACGUGUUAGUGCUAAAGCAGCAGUAUAUACAGCAGCUAUCUUGGAAUAUCUCACUGCGGAAGUUUUAGAACUUGCUGGUAAUGCUACCAAGGACUUGAAGGUGAAACGAAUUACUCCACGACAUUUACAGUUGGCUAUUCGUGGUGAUGAAGAAUUGGAUGCUCUUAUCAAGGCUACUAUUGCUGGUGGUGGUGUUUUACCUCAUAUUCACAGAUCUCUUAUUGGUACUCCCAAGUCUGGCAAGAAGGCUUAAUCACUCUAUUCAGAUAUCUUCCUUUUUACUAGUAUAUAUUCCGUUUGCUUAUAUUCUCCUCUUCCCACGCUUAUCUUUUCAAUUUUUUUUAUUUUAGUAGUAGCAGUAGUAUACACAUAUAUAGUUUUAUGCGUCUUUAGUGAAAGUCAUUAAAAAAUCAACUCAAAAACUGGGUCCGAAUCAACAAUACAAAAAAAAAUAAAAAAAAA